UUUGCUUUUUAAAACUGUUUGAAGAAGUUAAGCUUAACUAUUAAAGUAAAAUGUUUAUUCUGUAAAGUUCUCUUUUGUUUAAUUAGGUGUUUGGUGACCAAUAAAUCUGCCUGGUUGAACUGGUGGAAUCGAAUUAGUAAUUGUCCUGGGAACCCCUGCAGAAGAAGAUGGUGGUGGCAAAAUUGAUUUAAUUGAAGCGGGGGCUUUUAAAAAUCUUGAUGCUGUUUUUAUGGCCCAUCCAUCCCAAGAGAAUGCUGUUUAUCUACCUGAUGCGGCUGAACAUGACGUGACUGUGAAAUACUAUGGAAAAGCAUCUCAUGCUGCUGCUUAUCCCUGGGAAGGAGUAAAUGCAUUAGAUGCUGCUGUUCUUGCCUACAACAAUCUAUCUGUGUUAAGACAGCAAAUGAAACCAACCUGGAGAGUUCAUGGUAUAAUAAAAAAUGGUGGUGUAAAACCCAAUAUCAUUCCCUGUUAUUCUGAAUUAAUCUAUUACUUCCGUGCACCCUCAGUGAAAGAGCUUCCAGUUUUGACUAAAAAGGCAGAAGAUUGCUUCAGAGCUGCAGCUUUGGCUACAGGUUGCACAGUAGAAAUUAAAGGUGGAGCGCAUGAUUAUUACAAUGUUCUUCCCAAUAAGAGCCUGUGGAAAGCUUACAUGGAAAAUGGGAAAAAGCUGGGAAUAGAAUUCAUUUCAGAAGAUGUAAUGCUGAAUAGCCCAUCAGGAUCGACUGAUUUUGGAAAUGUUACUUUUGUGGUUCCUGGAAUUCAUCCAUAUUUUUACAUUGGCUCUAAUGCCCUGAAUCAUACUGAACAAUAUACUGAAGCUGCAGGAGCACACGAAGCUCAGUUCUAUACUUUGCGUACGGCCAAAGCUUUGGCAAUGACUGCGCUGGAUGUUAUCUUUAAACCAGAGUUGCUAGAAAGUAUCAGAGAGGACUUCAGGCUGCAACUUCAAGAAGAAGAAUUUUUAAAUACAGUAGAAUAAAAGGAAGAUUGGGGAGCCACUUACGAAUUACUAAGAAGUGAUGAUUUUUCCUUUAAUCAUUUUUAAUGAAGGAGGAAGUGCUUGUUUUUUAAUCAUAAAGGAGUCAAAUUCUUCUUACCUGAAAAGUAAGGAUAUGUAAUGUGUAGAAAACACGUUGCCACAUGUCUAAAACGAAAAUUUUUACCAAUUUCUGUACUUGAUGGAAUUGUGAUCUUUCAGAAACUGAUAUGUGAUAGCAUUUCUUAAACACCCUGGAUGAUACGUGGUUUAUCAGCAGUAAUAUUUUAUAAAUUUACAUGUUGUUGAGUAAGUGUAUUUAAAAAGGUCCUAAUAGAUUUAAAACUUUGUAUUCAGAAUUGACGCACAUGAAAGACGCUUUUGGUGUUUUAGAAAGUAGUUUUAAAAUUCAAGUUCUAAAUUCAGGGAAAGUACAUUUUGAAUAUCUGACUAUACCUGUUUUGGUUUAGAGAAUCUAUUUAUAAGAAAACUACACUUUUAAUCCUAGAAAUGCUUGUGGGAAACAACUCGAAACUCAGGUACAAAGAAUAAGCUUUAGUUCUACCAUUGGAAGGAAAACGAGAACGUGUUUUCUUUUUAUAAUUCACUCUGAGAAUUGGCAUUAAAUUGCUGUUCCUAAUUCAGUAUUACUGUAAUCGGAAAAAUUGUAGACAGAUAGGAGUAGACUCUUCCUAUAAGAUUUUUGCCUGGUAGUCCAGUGUGUUCUAGAAGCAUUUGAUGUGAGAAGCAGUGGCUGUCCACCAUGCCCUGCUUGACUCUUUAAUGUCAUAUAACUGGUCCCUUUCACCUAGCAGCUCUAUGAAGGCUUCUACUCAGAAGCCAGCCUGGUGGCUUGACAAUAUUACCGUUUACUGGAUUCUAAGCCUCCUUAAGCCCCAUCCUGGUCCAAUAUUAAUUAAAAAUUACUAUAAGUUUUUCAUGAUUAUUAUUUUGUGUGUAUUUCUUGAACAUGAUAAAAGUGUGAGAAAAAGUAUCUGGUAAAACAGAUAUUUUAAGCUGUGAAUAUGGAAAAGCUCUAGUAUAUUUUAGAGGAAAUUCCCAAAUUUGAGUGUAAGCAUUCCAAAAAUGGAAGGGGAAGGAAAGGAAAGUGAAAAUUUGGCCUCUUUGCUGUAAGCAAGUCACUUGGAAAAUGAGGGUUAGAUUAGAUCAUUUAUCCUUACAGACCUUAGGACCUUUAAUUACUAUUCUAUCUAAAAUUAUUUGAAGUUGUAAGAAAGAGAGGGGUUAUUUUUGGGAGGGUUAUAGUUGAGAAUUGCUUUUCUUCCCUAUCAUGGUCUGCAAACUAUGGCCUGAUAUGGCCUGCACAGCUUGUUUUCAUACGGCCAGCGAGCUAAGAAUGGUUUUUACAAUUUUGAAAAAGUUGUUUAAAAAAAAAAUGCAACAGAGACAGGAUGUGAUUU